UGAAUGCUCACUUGAGUGCACGCUCCCGCUUCCCCACGGCACCCAGGGAAGGAAAGAUUCAUGUACAAGACUCACUCCUGCUUAUGCCUGUGUUUCAAGGGGUGCUGUAAGCUCUGCAACGUAAAGGGGAAGGUUCAUGGUGUUUUCACUCAGUCUGCAUCUGGUACAACACAGCUCUUUCUCAGACUGCACAGACACUUUUUGAGAACGUUGUUCCUGAGGGAAGCAGCUGAUGAGUAUUUUUCCUUCGCCAGACCGUGAUCAGAGGAUGCAAAGAAAAGGUGCCAUCAUGUGAAUGCGAAACGGCUAAAUGAGAAACGGGGCACCUGGGAAGGCUGAGCUGAAACUGCUUGUGCACAGGAUGACAGACUGAUUUGCUGUUGGAGACGAGAUUCAGGAAACACCCCCCCCGCCCCCCUCCUCCAAAAGACUUUCCUGAGUGAAAGGAGAGGAGCAGGAGGAAGCACACAAAAGAGCAAUGGGAAUUGAGGGCCAUGGUUACUUGAGAUAAAUGGCAGAUCCCUGGGAGUCUAGCCUGGUAGCUGUUUGCUUUAGCUUUGUCUCUCUCUGCAGCUGCUCUUGCUUUUUUGGGAGCUGCUGCUGGGUGCUGCCAGGGCAGCACUGGAGAUUUCAAGCCCAGCGUGGGCGCAGGGCGUGAGGAGGGGGUGGGCAGCCCGCCUCACCAUGAUUCAGUUGUGGAAAGUAGUGCGGCACGUGCGACAGCUGGAGCUCCACAGAUUGAUCCUGCUGCUCAUUGCCUUCAGCCUGAUCUCCAUGUGCAUCCUGGCUUACUACGUCACUAACAGUCCCAAAAUCAAGGAGCCCCCACCCCUGCCCUUCAGUGACUGCAGCAACCAGCACCGCAUCUUGAUCCCCCCGCAAGCCAGCUGGAGGCUCACGAAGUCUGUGGACACCUCACGCACGGAUCCAGUGGUGCUCGUCUUCGUGGAAAGCAUUUACUCCCAGCUGGGGCAGGAAAUAGUGGCCAUCCUGGAAUCUAGCCGGUUUAAAUACAGGACAGAGAUCGCCCCUGGCAAAGGGGACAUGCCCACCCUGACAGACAAAGACAGGGGACGCUACGCUCUUAUUAUCUAUGAGAACAUCCUUAAAUAUGUGAACCUAGACGCUUGGAACCGAGAGCUGCUGGACAAAUACUGUGUAGAGUAUGGAGUGGGGAUUAUAGGCUUUUUCAAAGCCAACGAGAACAGCCUACUCAGCGCACAGCUCAAGGGUUUCCCCCUUUUCCUACAUUCCAACUUGGGGCUGCGGGACUAUCACAUCAACCCUAGUGCUCCCCUGCUCUACGUCACCCGGGCUAACGAGGUGGAGCAGGGUCCCCUGCCUGGUGAUGACUGGACUGUGUUCCAGUCGAACCACAGCACCUACGAGCCGGUGCUGUUGGCCAGCACGAAGUCCUCGGAGUCCAUUCCUCACCUGGCCACCCACAAAGCGUUGCAUGCCACGGUGGUGCAGGACCUGGGUCUGCAUGAUGGGAUCCAGCGGGUUCUCUUCGGCAAUAACCUCAAUUUUUGGCUGCACAAACUCAUUUUCGUGGAUGCCAUUGCCUACUUGACUGGCAAGCGCCUCUGUCUCACACUUGAUCGCUAUAUCCUCGUCGACAUUGAUGAUAUAUUUGUGGGAAAAGAGGGCACUCGCAUGAAGGUGUCUGAUGUAGAGGCUUUACUGAGCACCCAGAAUAAGCUGAGAACUUUAGUCCCAAAUUUCACCUUCAACCUGGGCUUCUCAGGGAAAUUCUACCACACAGGUACAGAUGAGGAAGAUGAAGGGGACGACAUGCUGCUCAAACACAGGAAGGAGUUCUGGUGGUUCCCUCACAUGUGGAGUCACAUGCAGCCUCAUCUUUUCCACAAUGUCACUGUGCUGGCUGAGCAGAUGAAGCUCAACAAACAGUUUGCUGUGGAGCAUGGGAUUCCCACAGACUUGGGCUAUGCCGUAGCUCCCCAUCAUUCUGGGGUUUAUCCUGUCCACACACAACUCUAUGAGGCGUGGAAAUCUGUUUGGAGCAUCCAGGUAACGAGCACAGAGGAAUACCCACACCUGCGGCCUGCCCGGUACCGCCGUGGGUUCAUCCACAACGGAAUCAUGGUUCUGCCUCGACAGACCUGUGGUCUUUUUACUCACACUAUCUUCUACAAUGAAUAUCCCGGUGGCUCAAAGGAGUUGGACAAGAGCAUUCGUGGUGGUGAACUCUUCCUGACGGUGCUCCUGAACCCAAUCAGCAUCUUCAUGACCCACUUGUCCAACUAUGGGAACGACCGUCUGGGCCUGUACACCUUUGAGAGCCUGGUGAAGUUUGUGCAGUGCUGGACCAACCUCCGCCUGCAGACCCUGCCCCCUGUCCAGCUGGCCAAAAAGUACUUUGAGAUCUUUCCCCAGGAGAAGAACCCCUUGUGGCAGAACCCCUGUGACGAUAAGAGGCACAAGGAUAUCUGGUCCAAAGAGAAAACCUGCGAUCGACUCCCCAAGUUCCUCAUCGUGGGACCUCAGAAAACCGGCACAACAGCUGUGCACUUCUUCUUGACCAUGCAUCCAGCUGUCACCAGUAACUUCCCAAGUCCAUCCACCUUCGAGGAGAUCCAGUUUUUUAAUGGACCCAACUAUCAUAAAGGAAUCGAUUGGUACAUGGAAUUCUUCCCCAUUCCCUCCAACGCCAGCACAGACUUCAUGUUUGAGAAGAGCGCUAAUUACUUUGACACGGAGGUGGUUCCGAAACGUGGGGCGGCCCUGCUGCCUCGAGCCAAAAUCAUCACGGUUCUGAUCAACCCUGCGGACCGAGCCUAUUCCUGGUACCAGCACCAACGUGCUCACAACGACCCCGUGGCGCUCAACUACACCUUCUACCAAGUGAUCUCAGCCAAAUCCCAGGCCCCUCAGGAGCUGCGCAACCUGCAGAGCCGGUGCCUGCUCCCCGGCUGGUACUCGGCUCACCUGGAGCGCUGGCUCACCUACUACCCCUCCGGCCAGCUCCUCAUCGUGGACGGCCAGGAGCUGAGACACAACCCUGCCUCUGUAAUGGACAACAUCCAGAAGUUCUUGGGAGUCACGCCGCUCUUCAACUACACCCAGGCCCUCAGAUUUGAUGAAGCAAAAGGAUUUUGGUGCCAGCUGCUGGAUGGAGGAAAGACUAAAUGCCUGGGAAAGAGUAAAGGAAGAAAAUACCCUGAUAUGGAUCCCUCGUCACGGCUGUUCCUAAGAGACUUCUACCGGGAGCACAACAUUGAAUUAUCCAAGCUGAUGAACAGACUGGGGCAGCCCCUUCCAACCUGGCUCCGUGAGGAACUGCAGAAUUCCAGCUGGAGCUGAGAGGGACUCCGGUGCCCCCAGUGCCAUGGGGAUGUGCGGUGCUCCAGCGCCGUGAUGCCAUCUCUCCUCGAGCCAAAACAGCCGGACAAACGAGCAGGAGCAGAGAAAUGUCCACGUGGAGCCUUUCCCCACCCUCAGGAAGGGCUGCUGCCUCCGACACCACCAGGAGUAUUGAUGGUGUGUUACACUUUGACUUUUCCAUACAGGAUUUGGAAUUCCUGCCCUGCUCCGAGCCAGGGAGAGAGCACGGUUAACACUUUAUGUUUAAAUUGCUCUUCUUGGGGUGUGAAACAGGCCCUGGCUCUGGAGGGUUAGUGUGUUCCUCCUCUGCGUCCAGAAGGACAGACAAGCAGUGAGUACUGAGCCCCUGCUGAGGAAAGAGCAGCAGCUUAAUUUAGGGGAAUCUAGUCCAGUGAACCCCAGCUUCUAUCCAGGAAUCUAUUUGGCAACAGCAAGGUACAAGAGCAGCUGGUUCCUCCCCAGGCAGCCUGUGGUGGCCACAGUCAUUACAUACAGUGCCACGGUGUGUGGCUCUUGGGGACUGCACCUUCUUGGGGACAGCUAUGACAGACAUAAGGUUGUGUCUCCUUAUCUGCAGCGUAGUUGGUGUGAUUGAUACAGCGUCCAGUGAUGUUGGUCAGGGGGAGAUAAAGGCAAAGCUGCAGCUACUG